AUGAGCGAUACGAUUGGCGACAUUCUGAACACGUUGCGGGGAAAGACCGCAACCAUCAUGGCCUCGGCCGACUCAGAUUUCGAAUACGAUCCGAAUCGGUCCAGUGAGUGGUCGUCUACGCCCCCCACCCACCAACAGACUCAGGACGAGCUGACGCACACCUUUCUGACGCCCAAGCCGGAGCUGUCACGGGGCUGGCUCAAGUACAUCAAUAAGGAUUUCCACGUGGACAAGCUGGUGGAGUUUGCGCCCGCGCUGUACGGUCUUCCUGAGGCCACAGUGCGUACAGAUGUGCAGUUUGAUCGUCUGGGCAUUGAUGGUCACAUUACGGGCUACAAAGAGUGCACGGUGAGCGGCGGCGAUCUCAACAACAAAAAUAGUAUGUCUGUGAACCGUGCGGCCGGUUCCAAGCUCGAUUUUGUGCGGGGACGGUCUGGUUUCAUGCCGUUUGCGCCCGGCGGAGUGGAUCUGGCCGAGAAGCAGGAACAGGGCCAAUUGUUACACAGAGACAGCCACGGACUAUUUGAUGUGGCGCCUGGGUUUGAGCGAGGACUUGAUAUUGUUGGAUCUGUGGCUGAAGCCGAUUCUGAGCUGGGAGCACUUGCCAAGGACGAGCGGGACGAGGAAAGCACCACUGGUGCCCAGGGAGCCGAUUCGGGCUUGGUUGGCGAGCUCAGCGAGCAGGUGAGCAACCUCGAUCUGGCUGGAGAUGGCGACAAGCACUCGAUCGACGAUUUGCUCCCCAACGAUAUCACUUUUGGGCGAGCUCAAACUUCUUUCAACACCACUCAAAAGACCAAGGACUGGGCCCAUGUGGUCAAUGUGAACAAGGAGAUCACCAACUUCCAUGAACUCGUUCCUCAAAUGGCUCGAGAGUUCCCCUUUGAGCUCGAUACGUUCCAGAAGGAGGCGGUUUACCAUCUCGAGCAGGGCGACUCUGUGUUCGUGGCUGCCCAUACGUCUGCCGGUAAGACCGUUAUCGCCGAGUACGCCAUUGCCAUGGCUCAGCGCAACAUGACCAAGGCCAUCUAUACGUCUCCCAUCAAGGCUCUUUCCAACCAAAAGUUCCGAGACUUCAAGCACACCUUUGACGACGUUGGUAUUCUGACCGGAGAUGUCCAGAUCAACCCCGAGGCUUCUUCUUUGAUUAUGACGACGGAGAUUCUGCGAUCCAUGCUCUACAGAGGUGCCGAUCUCAUUCGAGAUGUCGAAUUCGUCAUUUUCGAUGAGGUUCAUUACGUCAACGACGCAGAUCGAGGAGUUGUGUGGGAAGAGGUCAUUAUCAUGCUUCCUGAGCACGUCAAGUUCAUUCUGCUGUCUGCCACUGUCCCCAACACGUUCGAGUUUGCCAACUGGGUCGGUCGAACCAAGCAAAAGGAUAUUUACGUGAUCAGCACUCCCAAGCGACCGGUUCCUCUGGUCAAUUAUUUGUGGUGCAAGAACCAGAUGAUUGAGGUCGUGGACGAGAAGAAGCAGUUUUUGAUUGGAGGAUACAACAAGGCCAAGGAGAUUAUGAGCGGCAACAGCAACACUGCUGCAGCAGGUCGAGGUGGUGCAGCAGGAGGAGCCGGAAGAGGAGGAGCCGCAGGCCGAGGAGGAGCUGCAGGCCGAGGAGGAAACAAUGCGCGGGGAGGCCGAGGUGGCCGUGGAGGAGCGCGAGGAGGAAGCAGUCAGAUCACCCCCAAACAACAAAAGUCGGCGACUAUGCCUUCCAAGUCCGACUUUGUCCAAAUGGUCAACAAGCUGCAUACACUCAAUCUCCAUCCCAUGUGUGUUUUCGUCUUCUCUCGAAAAAUGUGCGAGCAGUUUGCUGGGUAUCUUCAGGGCCUGGACUUUUGCAACCAGAAGGAAAAGUCUGAGAUUCACAUGUUCUUUGACAAGGCUGUGACUCGGCUCUCGCAGGACGACAGAAAUCUGCCUCAAAUUCUGCAGAUGCGGGAGUAUUUGUCGCGAGGUAUUGCUGUGCAUCAUGCUGGCCUUCUUCCCAUUGUGAAGGAGGUCGUUGAGAUUUUAUUUGCUCGAUCGCUGGUUCGAGUUCUGUUUGCGACGGAGACGUUUGCCAUGGGUCUUAACCUGCCCACUCGAACUGUUGUGUUUGCCGGCACUCGAAAGCACGACGGAACCACCUUCCGAACACUUCUUCCUGGAGAGUACACUCAGAUGGCUGGUCGUGCUGGUCGACGAGGUCUCGAUAAGACUGGAACCGUCAUUAUCAUGGUUCCCGGCGAGGUUGCUCCUCUGGACCAACUCAAGGAGAUGAUGUUGGGCCAGCCUACACGUCUCAAGUCGCAGUUCCGACUUACAUACAACAUGAUUCUGAACUUGCUGCGAAUCGAGGCUUUGAAGGUCGAGGAGAUGAUCAAGCGGUCUUUCUCCGAGAACGCUAACCAGCUGCUUCUUCCCGAGCACGAAGCCUCGGUCAAGUCCAAUGAGACGCUCUUGUCCAAGCUUGAAAAGGUGCCUUAUCCCGACUGUGAUCCGUAUAUGGCAGAUGUGUUGCGAAUCGGUCUCGCUGCUCGGGAGUGUCAAAAGUACAUCAUGACGCAGGGUCCCAAGAUUGCCAACAUGCGGGAUAUUUUCAAGGUUGGUAGAGUCGUUAUUUUCGAUCUUGCCGAUGGGUCCAGUCGUCGAAUCGGAUUCAUCUCUCGUCCUGUGAUUGGCGAGUCUGCUUCAAUCCUCGCCUUCCCCUGUGCUGGCUCUUCCACUACUCUUCCUCUUUUCCCCCAGCAGCCUGGUUACUGUCGACUCAUUUUGCAGCCUCUGAUCCCCUCGUCUGGAAAGUUGGAGAUGUAUGCUGUCAAGAUCCCUGAUCUGGUGUUUAUUACCAAGUACAUCAUUAACAACGUGCGUGAUGUUGCUCGGUACGACAAGCAGGCUGUCGACGAUGCGUUCCAGAACAUCAACAAGAUCUGCCGACGGUCUGGAGGUGUGGCCGAGUGUUCUUGGGACCGGCUGAAGGAACUGGAGUUGCAGCAAAAGUGCCAGGAGAAGAUUCAUCUAGAGAUUGAGUUCUCGCAAAUCCCCUGCGUCAAAAACCUGCCCGCCAACUUCCUCAAAUCGUUCAAGCAGGAGUACGAGGAGUACGAGAUCCGCAAGAAGAUUUCCGAUCUGCGACAGACUCUGAGUGACCAGAACCUGGAGCUGCUUCCUGACUACGAGCAGCGAGUCCAGGUGCUCAAGGACCUCAACUACGUUGACGACAAGAACAUUGUGCUUCUCAAGGGCCGAGUGGCAUGUGAAAUCAACUCUGGUUUUGAGCUGUUCAUUUCCGAGCUUGUUCUCGACAACUUUUUGGGCGAUUACGAGCCCGAAGAGAUUGUCGCCUUGUUGUCUGCCUUUGUUUACGAAGGAUCCAAGGAUGUGGAGGAGCCCAUCACAGUGACUCCUCGUCUAGACAAGGGUCGAGAACGAAUCAAGCAGCUGGUGGGCCACGUGACAGACGUGCUGGAGCACCGACAGGUGAUUAUGACGUCUGAUGAGCAGCAGUUUUUGGAACGCGGUCGCUUCGGACUCAUUGAGGUUGUCUACGAGUGGGCUCGGGGCAUGACUUUUGAGGCCAUUUCCGAACUUACCAGUGUCCAGGAGGGAAUCAUUGUGCGGGUCAUUUCUCGGCUGGAUGAGGUGUGUCGAGAGGUGCGGAAUGCCGCCCGAAUUAUUGGAGACGCUACUCUUCAGGACAAGAUGGAGACUGCCCAGGAGCGAAUCAAGCGAGACAUUAUUUUCUGUGCUUCUUUGUAUCUUUAA